CUUCUUCUGGAAUGUUGUUUUCAAUGUGGAAUCCUGUUCGGUCGCUGCAGAAAUUGUGUAUUUUUCGCAGUUUUCCAUCGUUUAUCGCGAACCAAAACGCAAUUUCCCACUCAGUUUCGAUGCCGUGCAUCACGUUCCGACGAAAGUUUUCAGUUUUCCGCGUCAGCAUGAAUGGUAGCCCGUGCGUACCGUGAUUUGCUUUGUGAGCUUUUGUGUUGUUGUGAUUAGUGGCAACUGGUUUGUUUUGUUUUUUCUUUCGCGAUUAUACGACGAAAAUUCGCUCGUCAUUGGAAGACGACCUGCAACGUAGCGCCGGAACGGUGGAUUACUGGUGAACAUUUGAAGACUCAAAAAAAAACAUUGAGAAAAUUCGUCCACGAUGGCAUCGCAAGGGAGCAUGCAAGAUCGCAAUAGUCUUGAGAAGUACAUUCGCCAACUGGCGAUGAAGGCCGCACAGAUCAUUGUGCAAUCACGGUUGGGAGAGAAAAUAGCCACGGAAAGUAAUCCUAACUCCACGACAACGGAUUGGUUCAACAUCUCCAUCACCGAUCAGCAGUCCAUCCUUGAUGUUCUGGUGGAGACGAAAAAAAUCCUCCAAGAUGGUGGCCAACAUGAAUCGAUUAUCACGCGGUUACCACUGUGCGUAGAAAUUUCACUUCAAACCGCCGAAGGUGGUAGUAUGAUAUUGGAGUUUUGGACGCUUAGCAUCAGAACGGACCAAACGAACGCUCCCCAGCGAGCCAACCAGGUGAUCUACAAUCGUAUGAGCUUGCUGCUAAAGUCACUACUAUCGGUCACACGAGUAACGCCAGCCUAUCGAGUUUCGCGUAUGAAACGCGCGGAUUCGUACGACAUCUACUACCGGAUCUAUAACGGCGAACCCCAAACUAAUCUACUGGGGGAUGGUUACAACCAGGUUCGCGUCGGACAGUUGUGCACACAAAUCGGAACGCUAAACAUGGCAGUGGCCUACCGGACGAAGAUUACGUUCUCACCAACGCAAACCGGACGCGACAACACGAUCAUGAUGAAGAGCGAUCACUUCCUGAAGGAUAUCAGCCCAAAGCAUGUACGCUACAACUACAACAAGAAAGUGGAGAAAAAGGUUAUCGAUUUGGACAAACCGAUGCGUUGUGGUGCCUUCGUGGAUGCUUCGCGCGUAAAAAAACACACCGAGGAUGAUUACACACUGCCCGAAACGCCACCGUUCAGCUGGCUGCUACCGAAACCACGCGACGAAAGCACGUUCCGUGACGGUGGUGGUGAGGACCGUGUAUCCCUACAUUCGCCCACCAACGUGGACGAGAACUGUUCCAACAACGCGAACAAUCUCAACAACAACACCAGCAAAGGAUCGUACGAAUCGAACAGUGCCGCCGGUCCGAUGCAUUUCCGAUUGUCACAAUCGCCAAAGAGUGGUCCAGCGGGUGAUUCGAUCGGUGGAAUCGCAGUCCCAGGAGCAACCGUAGCAAUGCCCGCCACCGGAACAUCACCACCGAGCUCACUGGGUGCCGGUGGUGAAUUAAGGCGCUCGUCACGAUGGUCGAUUCGGCGCGAUCCGUCCGAGAACGAUCGGAUGCUGAAGGAGCUACAGUUUGCGUUUGCCGAAACGACGGCCCAGGGUGAGCUGGCGAAGUUUUUGCGUGAGUGUUCCAAUGCACCGACGUUGCAGGAGUUCGACUUGAUGCGGUCGAGCGGUGCGGACACGAUUACGGAGGAUGAAAAUAUGGACGGUAGCAGGAUACUGACGGAAGCCGAUACGUGUCCGGACAGUGGUGAAGAGGAUGAUCCACUAAACGACCUCACCCGCCAGUUGGAACAGUUCGAAACAUCCCUGCCAGAAUACGAAUAUCUAGUGUCCUCCCUCUGUCAGUCGAUCGACAGCAAUUCGAAUAGCUAAGCGCGGUGUAACAGCAGUGCCGACGUGUUUCUACAUCGUCAGCUUACAGCCGGGGGUGCAGAAGAAUCAUUUUGUGCGGGAGUAUGCCGGGAUUAUUAUUAAUUUUAACGAGAGAACCAACUGUCGACUGAUAUUUUUUGAUGAUAUUCAUCUUCACACAUACACAUAUACAAGACACACACACAUUUACACGAGCCAGGUGUACACACACAACACACAACGAGUGCGAGAAAGACAAGAGCGACUCGUUACAGUUCAGGGAGUCACAGCAACACUAAACACACACCUAAUGCAUUAUGCGAUACUACACGUGUACGGUAAAGAUGAAACAUAAGGCAGGAUUCGGCAGAGGCAGAUAAAUUUGUAGCAGGCGGCCAAAGAAAGGCACAUGGUGAAGUCACUUCGGGGCGAGGGUUUAUGUUACAGACACCACACUCUGACGUGUACAGCAUAUGCGAUUGGUGAUAGCGUGUGAUUAGUGAAAAAGCACAAUCGGAAUGCAAAGGUCAUGCGUAAAAUGUGUUGCGAAAUAUGUUUCCUUGCCUUAGCCAUUUAAUAAGAGCAACAUCUGUAGCUUUUUAGGCUCUCGCGUAGGCGCGUGUUUAUCUGUAAAAUCUAUAAUCGAUACAUCGAUGAAUCAAAGUUCCUUAGCGUGCGAGACUAAUGGGGUCGGAUCGUGCUAGUGCGUAAGCGUAGUGAAAGUAAGUUCGAUUCCCCAAGAUCUGUAACAAAAAGGGAUAUUACAUUCAUUUGACGAUUAUUGUUUAUCCUAUACAUAUUAUGAAGCAAAAUUAUCUACUACCCGCCAUAUAUAUACGCGCGCGGCAAAGGAAAGCUUUCCGCCUGUUUUGUGCAUAUCGGGUGCGUUUUGCACUCUGUUUUGAAAUAUUUGAAACGUAUUGGCUUUAACUCUGUUUUUUUCUUCUCUUCAUUUUUCUUUAUUUCGUUUGCUUUAAGCGCGAUAGGGCUAGUUAGUAGGGGAAAAAUACAGUAAGAAAGAUUGUUAAAACGAAUGCUUAGGGGUUUACGUUCUUUAUGGAAAUGUUUUUUUUUGCUCACCGCCCCAAUCGAAGCCCCAAAGCCUUGUGUAAAUAGUACAAAAUCACGAUCGUUUAUCUUAUUGCAUAUUAUAUGAUCACCUUUAAGCUCAUCUGUACAUAAGCAGUGCAUAAAAUUGCUCAUUUGUCACACUUUCGGUGUUAGGAUGGGGCUUCGAUCGAAUGACGCCGUGUAAGAAAAUGUUUACCAUAUCGAACGUAAACCGUCAAUAUUUUGGGGCGCAAUGACAUUAAGUCAGAACUAUUGUAUGAAACUACUAAUCAAAAUCAUCGUUAAAGCCAGAUUACCAACACAAACCAUCGAGGCCGUGCGAAAGUGUUUUUGCAAGACCCGACGUUUCCUAUUGUUAUUCACGGUUUUUAUCCUUUUGUCAGAUUAUAUUGAAUUAGAGCAGCGUGGGGUUGAGCAAGUUUAGUAGUGGGCAAUGUAUAAAAUCGUUGCAUAAAUCAAGCGACUUAGAAAGGGAUAAUGCAGUUUAAAUAUAAGCUAAUGGAAGUCUA